UUAAACUUUGAGCCCUCCUGAGACACAGAGAGAGAGAGAGAUUAAACUCGUUAACGAACGCUUCAGUCCAAUUCGCAGAGAGAGAGAGUUGUUUCCUAGAGAUAACUCCAUUUUCAAAUUUCUAAUUUUUUUUUUUUUCGUUAAUCCAAAUCGGUAAGUACCUUUCUUUUGUUCUUAUUACUAAUUAGUACUAUAUAAUAAUAAUAAUCUCUUGUAAUUCUCUUUCGUUGGUUCCUCUUUAUAGAUUCUCCAUUUUACUUUCUUUCCUCUUCCUUCUUCCUUCUCCGUCGAGGAAUCAUAUUCAGAUCAGUUUUUUUCAUUUUUGUUUUUUUCAGUUUUUUUUUUUUUCUUUCUAAUUUGAAAUCUGAAGAUCUGACUUUUGAUGUUUUCAUAAAGAAACAUUUCUUUUUUCUUUUGGUUGUUGUUUGUUGUUCUUCUGAAUCAAUCCAUUUGGACGAUCUAAUCUCGAAAAUGAGAAUACUCUGAAUCGUCCUCUCUGUUUGAUUGAUUGAUUGUUUUUUUUUUUUGAGAUUUCUCAUAAAGUCUCUCUCUUUUUUUAUACUUUUUCUUUUGUUGUGUUUGGUUUUGUACCAUCGGAAUCUGUACCGGAGAAGAUGGUAGAAGAUCGGAAGUUUUUGAUAUCAACAAGGGUCUUCUCAAGUUCUCGUCUUUCUGAAUCCAUGUGGCCUUCUUACAUGUUUCCACAAUCAGAAGAAGAAGAUUCCUCUGACUCUACUAAUCUCAUCAAUCGCAAAAGAGCAUUUGAUGAUGAUGUUCAUGACCACCUCAGACAGAGCAAGUCUCUCAGAUUGAUUGGAUUGUCUUCUGUUAACGAUGACGAUUCUUUUAUCAACGAUAUCGGCAGGGACAAUUCCAUCAGCUGUUUGAUCCGUUGCUCAAGGUCUGGCUACGGCUCCAUUGCUUCCUUGAACCGUAGUUUCCGGUCUCUCGUGAAGUCCGGAGAGAUCUACAGACUCAGGAAACAAAACCAGAUCGUUGAACAUUGGGUUUACUUCUCUUGUCAGCUCUUGGAAUGGGUUGCUUUCAACCCUGUUGAAAGAAGAUGGAUGAAUCUUCCAACUAUGCCUUCAGGUGUUACCUUCAUGUGUGCCGAUAAAGAAUCCUUAGCUGUUGGCACUGACUUGCUUGUGUUAGGCAAAGAUGAUUACUCCUCUCACGUUAUAUACAGAUACAGUCUUUUGAACAACUCUUGGUCGUCUGGUAUGAGGAUGAACUCGCCGAGGUGUUUGUUUGGCUCCGCGAGUUUAGGAGAGGUCGCUAUCUUCGCUGGUGGGUGUGACUCUCUCGGAAAAAUCAGUGAUUCCGCUGAGAUGUAUAACUCGGAGCUUCAGACUUGGACUUCGCUUCCGAAGAUGAACAAACCGAGGAAGAUGUGUUCGGGUGUUUUCAUGGAUGGGAAGUUCUAUGUGAUCGGUGGAAUUGGCGGGAACGACUCUAAAGUGCUUACUUGCGGUGAGGAGUUUGAUUUAGAGACGAAGAAAUGGACUGAGAUCCCGGAAAUGUCGCCUCCGAGGAGCCGGGAGAUGCCAGCAGCAGCGGAGGCGCCGCCUCUUGUUGCGGUUGUGAAGAAUCAGCUGUAUGCAGCGGAUCAUGCUGACAUGGAAGUGAGGAAGUAUGAUAAAGAGAGUAAGAAAUGGUUUACGUUAGGGAGAUUGCCCGAGAGAGCUGACUCGGUUAACGGUUGGGGAUUAGCGUUUAGAGCUUGCGGUGAGCGGUUAAUUGUGAUUGGUGGACCUAAGAGUUCAGGUGGAGGGUACAUUGAGUUGAAUUCUUGGAUACCAAAGAGUGAUCGGAGUCCACCUGUAUGGACAUUGCUCGAUAGGAAACAUUCUUCGAAUUUCGUAUACAAUUGCGCCGUGAUGGGUUGCUGAUAUUUUAAAGGUUUUUUCAACAAAUAAUUUUUAUGAUUCUCCUGCUUGUUUGGAGAUGUCCAAAGUUACAGUAUUUUUUAUCUUUUCUUUUCUUAUUUAUUUUGGUUAUAAAAGAAAUUUAUUUCAAUUCAAUUGGAUACUCUUUGGUGGUAUUGUAAGAUUUUUGGAAAGAACAGAAGAAACAUAUAUUUUUUUUGUUGUAAUAAGUUUAAUGGAGAAAGUUCAGAAUCAAUAUUAUUUUUUUCA